UUGAGCUGUCGCCCUAAUCUCCGUCACUCCCUGCAAGAGGAAAACACGGCCAUCGAGCACCAAAAUGCCCUUAUCAACAAACUCAUCUCGAAAUUAUGCUUUGCAAACGGUGAAGACCACACAAUCGACUUGAAAUCGAUAUACGAGAUGCUCAACUCAAAGCCCGGGCUCAAAUACUCUCUGCUAAAGGACAUCAUCCUAGACCAGCUCUUGACCGCCAUCUCCACCUCCAAAGAGGAUCGUGUUGUCUGGACCUCUUUCGCCAUACUCUCCACAAUCGUCAUCCAAAACCAAGAAGCAAUUGAAUAG